CUCUCUCUCUCUCUCUCUCUGCGUGUCUAUAUGCCAACUUUCUCCAUAUCUUCUUUCUUUUUAAACCGCUUCGACUGUCCUUCGAUUUUAGAGAGAGAACAAGUUAGCAGCUCCAUUUAAACAUCUUCCGUCGAUCGAAAUAUAUAUUUAUAUCCCUAUUAUUUUAUUUUGAUGAUCAUGUCUAAGAUGAGGAAAACCCUACGAACCAAGUUGAGAUCUGCGUUCUCCAAGCCAAGAAGAGAAAAAGACAAUGUCGGCGGCAAUGGCUUCUCCAGCAAGUCAAGCGUGAACGAAGAAUACAUGGAAGUUUUCAGAACAAAGUCGUACGUAGAAAUGUGGGAUAGGGUUCACGAACAGCUGCCAAGCACUAGCACUAGCACUAGCCGGCUUCCUUCGUCUAGGUCGUCUCUUCUGUCUAAUAUGGUGUUGGACCGCUCCGAAUAUUUACUCGAACCACGGCAAGAAACCCUUAAAAACAUCAUCGAUGAGGAGGGCUUAAAUCUCCACCACCUUCUCACCGACUACUUCGAAGCCAGCUUAGACGCCUGCCACAUAUGUGACGUGCUCCUGCAUAGCAUCCACCAAACCCGUGCCGAAAACCGACACACGAAGAAGCUCGUAUUAAAACUCAGCCAAAGAGUACACCUACUUUAUAAUGAUAAUAUCGACAUUACUGAUGAUGAACAAUGCCUGGAAAUUUUCGGGGAGCUUGGCACAUUUGCCCGAGCUAAAAAUCCGUUGUCGAUAAUCAGCCCUGGGCCGUUCCGUCACAUUCAUGAUAGCUACGUGGCGUUAUUCGAUAGGCUGAUUUUAAAGCACAAAAAGGUGCGAAGGGCCUCAAAAGCUAACAGAAUAUGCAAAAAGGUUGGAGGGGUUGGUCUGGUGGUGUCACAUACCGCGCUUUUGAUCACGUUGCUUGUGUUUGCAAUCCACAGCAUGAUUGGAAUCGUGGUGGCGCCGGCGCUCAUAGCCUGCUCGUUGGGUUUGUGCGCGAGAAAAAUGGACUCCGCAGCGGAGUGGUUGAAGACUAGGUUUCCCGAGAGCCACGGGCAGCAACUUGACGUGGCGGCGAAAGGGGUUUAUAUUUUGAUCAAUGAUUUCGAUACAAUGAGCCGGAUGGUGAGGCGGUUGUACGACGAGGUGGAGCACAGGAAAGCUGUCGCCAGAAUGUGUGUUAGCAGUCAAACUGUGACAUAUUUAAAGAAGGUGGUGAGGGAAUUUCAUGCGAGUGAGGAUAGCUUUGUGGAGCAGCUAGAGGAGCUUGAAGAACAUAUUUACUUGUGCUUGCUCACCAUAAACAGGUCGAGAAGGCUUGUGAUACAAGAAAUAUUGGCAAAGACCUAAUUGGGAGCUGAGUGGUGACAUCGUAAUCGGUCAUUAAGUUGGUAAUCAUACAUCAUGGUAUGGGAGGUUACGCAAAAAAAAAAAAUGCAGAUAUAUAUAGUAAUAAUCAAUGAUAUAUUGCAUGACACAUAUAGCUUGGACGUGAGCUACAAGUCUUUGGCUGAAGUAGUUAUCCAUGCAAUUGCUUCAUCAACCAAGUAUUCUUCUUCACGUGGAUCGACUGAGGUUAAUGGAUUAUUCAUUAUCUAGAUCUGUAAUUGCCACUUAAAAGUACGUGAGGGUAAUGAUAUUGUAAAAAGAUGACCUUUACAUCAC